AGGCUUCAGUUCGUGGGCGGCGGUUGGACGCAAAACGACGAAGCGGUCACCCACUACACGGCCAUCGUGGACCAGAUGACGAUGGGACUGCGCUUUCUGAACAGCACGUUCGGUGAGUGCGGGGGCGUCAAGGUGGGCUGGCAGAUCGACCCCUUCGGACACUCCAAGGGAUUCGCCACGCUGCUUUCGGAGAUGGGCUACGACUGUCUGGUGGUGAGCAGGGUACACCACGCGCUGUUAAACCAUUGGAAGGACACCAAGAGGCUCGAGUUCGUCUGGAAGCCCCAGGCAGAGCUCGGCUCGAGUCACGAUAUGUUCACCAUGCUAAUGUACAGCGGCACCUACGUCGCACCGUCCGAGUUCUGCGUGCAGGACUACUACUGCUCCGUGUAUGACAGCCAGUCUGGCGUGGCUCGAAUGGCGGAAGAUAUACUUAAGCUGGUCUUCAAACAGAGUGCAGCCUAUGCCACCAACAACGUCGCCAUCUACAUCGGCGGCGACUUGGCCUUCCAGAACGCGGAGCGCUGGUUCAACCAGGUGGACGCCAGCAUCAAGGCAGUCAAUGACGUGGCCCGCAAGAAAGGCCACCGUGUGCGCGCCAUGUACUCGACGCCACUGUGCUACCUCGGCGCGCUGCACGCGUCCAACAGGUCGUGGCCCGUGUACCGCGGGGACCUGUUCCCGUACGCCGACACAGCGGGACGCACGUGGGUAGGAUACUACUCGAGUCGGCCAAACCUCAAGGAGUACGCCCGCUACGCCAACGGAUUUCUCCAGGCGUGUAAGCAACUCACUGUCCUAGGUGGAAUGAAGGACGUAUUCGAGACGAUGAGGCUCAAGGACGCCGUGGCCAUCUUGCAGCACCACGACGCCAUCACGGGAACCUCCAAGGCGGCCGUGGCGCGCGACUACAGCAAACUGCUGUCCGCGGGCAUCGCCAAAUGUGAAACGGCUAUGAGCCGCGCCUUAAACCAGCUGAUGGACCCGAGCGGGGCGGCGGGCGAUCUCCCGUGGCGCUUCUGCCACGCGCUGAACGUGAGCGAGUGCGGCCACUCGGAGAAGCUCGACCUGACCGAGACCGACGGCGAGUUCACGCUGCUCCUGUACAACCCGUCCUCCACGGCUCUGAGCACGUACGCCAGGCUGCCCGUGGCCGCCGGCCUCACCUUCACCAUCCAAGGCCCGCAAGGGGACGAGGUCGACACUCAGGCAGUGCCUCUCAUCAUGACCCUGCUGAACAUCCCCGAGCGCACCAGCGCUGCGAAGACCGAGCUCGCCUUUCCCGUCGAGUUGCCGCCGCUGGGAUACACGGCGUACCGCAUCACUGCGCAAAAGAAGAAAGAGGAGAUGCAUUUUGCUUCGGCGUCCUUAGAAUUCCUCUUGCUGGAGCCCGAGCAGCGGUUCAUCGAAAACGAGCGCUACCGCAUCGAGUUGGACACCACCAGCGGCCUGGUGCGACGCGUCACGUUGCUGGGACAGGAGAGCGGCGUAUCGCUGCGCCAGUCGUUCUACGCCUACACAGUGGAAAACAAGAGACAGACGGUUGCCACGGCGGGCGGCGCGUACUCCUUUGACCCGGACACCAAUCGGCCCGUGGAUCUGGGAAACAAGGUCACCUACCGAGUGGUGCAGGGGCCACAUGUGACGGAGGUGCAUCAAAUCUUCGACCAAUGGCUGUCGCAGGUUAUCCGUCUUUAUAAGAACAGCCAAUUCAUCGAGUUUGAGUGGAUUAUCGGACCGCUCCCGACCGGGGCGAGCACGGACGUGAGCACACGUUACGAGUCGUCUCUGGACAACGAAGGCGUCUUCUUCACCGAUUCCAACGGAAUGUUCACCGUCACGCGCAGAGUGAACGACUCUUUGGAUCCCGCAUCGGUGGCUUCCAGCUACUACCCGGUCGUCUCAUGGAUUUACAUAAAGAACCACGCCGAGGAGCUGCAGAUGACGGUGAUCCCGGACCGUCCUCAGGGUGGCACCAGCUUCGUUCAGGGCUCCAUUGAACUCAUGCUGCACAGGCGGUACUUCAUAGACGACGAGCUGGGCGUCGAUGAACCACUGAACGAUCGCGGAGUCAACGACGAAGGCAUCAUCGUCAAGGGACGACACAGGCUGCACCUGGGAACGCCCAAGGAGGCAGCCGACCUGAUGCGAAGAGCAGCCCUGCAGGAAGUGUACCGGCCCGUCUACAUGUUCUACCCUUCGCCGCUGCCGGCUAACGCCAGAAAACAGGCAAGCGUCUUUCUCCACUCGGAGUUGCGCGUUCCCCUGCCCCCUGGCGGCCACUUGAUGACCCUGGAAGGCACCCAGGACAACCGGACUCUGAUCCGCAUCGAGAACAUUGGCCGGGACCUCACCAUCAAGGUGUCCGUCACGCACCUGCUGCACUCGUUCCUGCUCCUGGACGCCCGCGAGACGGUGCUGUCGGCGCACCAGUACCGCAGCGAGGUGCAGCGGCGUCCGUGGCCGCAAGCGGAAGGGAAGUACGUAGCCCCCGACGAGUCCGCGUACCUCAUGCAGCAGGUGCACGGCAACAUGCUGGUCAACCUGCAGCCGGGACAGAUUCGCACAUUCCUGACGACGCUCAAGGCGUUCAGCGUGCCGUCAGCCGCCAGAGCGGGCCACUGAGAUUUCGCCACCGUUGCCGAUGACGGAUACGUUGGGCAGUUGCACAACGGCGUCGAGCAAGGGGAACAGCAUUCGACCAUGCACGCGAGGUGGAAUGAGCUGACUGGAAGUCUGGUCAUUUAUUUGCAAACACCAGGGCACGUGCAAGCAAUGCAAACGCCUUCGCAUCAAUAUUUGGUCACAUAUAGACUUCGUUAAAGAGCGCCUUCGGUUAUAUUUCCAUAGAUGACAAGACAGCCGGUAGUCGCCCAAUUACAGUCCAGUCAUGCAGUGCACCGGUUUCUGAAACAUCACUGGCUGCAUAGGGAGUUUCAAUAAUUAUGGCUGUGAUAAAUCACAGAAACCCUUCCCGUUCAUCGUCCUCAAAUUACUCUGUGCAGUUUUAGGUGACACGUAUACACGCAGAAGAGCCAGACAACUGGAGCCAAUAAGACUGGAACCAGCGCGUACGCCAAAGGACAGGUGGAUUUGUGAGCCGGGUGUCCUCUACAGGCGGCACAUUGCAUAUAGGAACUAGUCACGAAUUACAGUCUAACCCGGAUAUAUCAAACCCAUGCACAUAUAACAAAUUAUUGUGUAUAUCGAACAGCUGUAAAAUCCCUCUGAAAAUCUCAUGCAAGUGUAUUGGCUACGCGUAUAUAGAACGCCCGUUCACCAGCACAUUCGAUAUAUCGAACACGGCGCCAGGCCGAAGACCUUAAAGUGCACUUCUUUGUGCACUUUGAGGUCUUCUGGCACCUGGAGGUGGAGAGGAGAAUGUGCAGUCAGUUGAGCACCGUCGAGCUGUUCGGCUUGCCCGCGUGCUACCUCGAACGUAAACUUUCUUUCCGCUUGUCGUGGCGUCAUCGUGUGGGUUGAGUUCCUAUUCGUGAGCUCAUCUUCCGCAAGCGAUGGCCGCUGCAAGUGUGAACAAUCAACUUGGACUUUGCAAUAAGUUGAAAGUGAU